AUAGAAAGAGGAAGAGAGAGAAAAGGGGUAAUCAAUCAUCUCUGCAACAAAAUCAGAACAUACGAAGAAGAAAGCGUUUUGUUCUUUAUUUAAGUUAGCGCCACCGUUCCCCAUGGCGGCGUUGCAGGCAUAAUCUCUCCGGUGGAAUUAUGGCCGGUUUUUUCCCACUAGGCGGCGGAGGCGGCGGCAGCAGCGGCGGUGAGAUUAUUCAUCCAACCGACGGAUUACUUUGGUACAAGAAUUAUGAGAGCUUCGAAACAGAACAACAGCAACAAGGUGGAGAAGGGUUUGUUUACUCCGGCGAAAAUUCGCCGGCGAGAUCGUCGCUGGUGAUGGUGAGAUCCGGCGGAGGGAAGGUUAUUAGCUGCCAAGAUUGUGGGAAUCAAGCGAAAAAAGAUUGCGUUCAUAUGCGAUGUAGAACAUGUUGUAAAAGCCGUGGGUUUUUGUGUGAAACCCACGUUAAAAGUACAUGGGUACCAGCCUCCAAACGCCGUGAGCGGCUGAUCCGUACUGCCGGCGGUGACUCCAAACGCCCUAGAGACACCCACGCCGCUUCUUCAGGGUUUGAAAUAGGGAAUUUCCCGGCGGAAGUAAACUCCACGGCGGUGUUCCGAUGCGUACGGAUGACAACAUUAGACGAACCCACCGGCACCGAUCAAUAUGCUUAUCAAACCGCCGUCAACAUCGGUGGCCAUAUCUUCAAGGGCAUUCUUUACGACCACGGCCCUGAUCAACAACACCACCACCACAACCCACCCAUCUCCGCCUCCCCGGACGGCGGAGCCCUCCUCAUCACCACCGCCGAGUCCGCCGCACCGCUGGAUCCUCCGCCGUCAUACCCAGCUCCACUCAACAGCUACAUCCCCGCCGGUACGCAAUUUUUUCAGCCCCCGACAUCUUAGCCGACGGUUUUCCGUUAGGGCAUUGUGAUUAAAAGAGAAAUAGUGGAAAUUGCAGGCAAAGUAUAUAAUUUUUCAUGAAUAAAUUUAAAAAAAACUGUAAUUUUUAUUUUA